GUCGUAUGUCGACUUCCUUCCAAUCGGCCCUGAUGUGCCGUCUAAUGCCUCGCAGGGGCUCGGAAGCUAGCUUGUUCGAAAGAAGCCGAUGGAUGCUCGCGCUGCAGGCGUGAAGGCAUUAAGUGCCAUUACUCCCCCCAGAAGCCCAUGGGGCGCCCGAGGAAACGCCCUAUUGCCCAAUCAGAUGAGUCGCGGCCUGGGCAUCCUGUUGUUGUGCCUGCCCAGGACAGUUUGCUGGACGGGACAAUGGACCUUGACAUGGCCUUUCUCGAUAUGGAUGAUAGCAGCCUCAGCUUCCUUGAUCUAUUAGUUCCAGAUCCGUCACUUGGAGGCAACCCCGUUACUCAGGGCGUCCCCGGCCCAAGCAGUGCAAACCCGCGUUCCGAAGCAGUUCCUACCGCGUCCUUUUGGCAAAUCGACUCGUUGCAUCUUGAUAGCAUAGACUUUGGCCAAACCGAUGUUCCAGUCCAACCUACCACCUUGGACGAGGAGUUUACCCUGGAGCAAGCUGUGUCAUCGGUGUCGACCGAAGCUCGCGAGCAGAUACCGGACCUAUCACCCCAGGAUUCAAGCAACUCUGAGCAAGAAACCCUCGCAGAAGCAGACCCUACCAUCUGCAGCUGUUUGGCGCGCCUGUACCUCGCCCUGGAUUCACUUCAGCGUCUCCCCAAAGACGUCAGCCAAGCAAUGAGGGUCGCGCGCACCGCCGCCAAGACGGCGCACGACAGCAUCCUCUGCCCGAUCUGUGCGUCACCUCCCAUCCAGCACAGCAACGACCCGCCCAUCCAGUCGGUGCAGAACCUCAUGGUACUCGGCGGCCUGCUGCCGUCCAUCUCGUUCGCCUACAGGCGCAUCCUCCAGAUGGUCGAGGACGAGGCCGCCAAGGCGGAUCGCGAGGGGCGCAAGCUCACCUUCGCCCUGCAGGACUACGGCGGCCUCUGGGGCCAGCUGGCGGCCCAUAAUAAUACCAAGCACUGCUCGACCCUCGGCAUCGAGGGCGCCGUCUUCGAGCCACACAUAUGGCGCGUGCUGGUGCGGUCGCUGCUCAGGAUAGACGUCUACGGACUCUCCCCCGACACGCCGCCGGGCGAGGCCGGCCCGUGCUCGUGGUUUCAGCAGCCGGGCUUGAAGGACAUCAUUGCCAUGAUGGAAGACCGGUCCCGGCGUCGACACGAACAGAUCGAUGCAAUGGUGGCUGCCGGGACGUUGGUGUUCGACCGCGACUGUGGACACGGCCCGCUCUCGUCUGGAGAGAAGCCGAACUGCCUGAGAAUCGUCGACUUCGCGAAGCAGUCAAUGCGCGAGCUGAUCAUUCCGUAAAUCAGAUACCGACCCUGUGCUACCGCCAGUUUCUUCUGGCGGUCAC